AUGCUCGAAAGUAUCGAAGAAUUGUUCUACGCUGAUAACAAAAUUUCGUUUUCGAGCAAAAGUUUACGAGCGAUCAGUAGAGAAAUGGAAACGCUUCUGAUCACUGUAACCUUGCUCGGAGGUAUCAUUCUGUUAGUUUACAAAUAUUUGACCAGGCAUCAUGGUGCAUUCAAAGAGAUUGGAUUAGAUGGCCCAAAGCCAAAUAUAUUUUUCGGGAAUAUUCCCAGCGCUAUCACCGGCAAACGGCCGCUAUUCUAUGAUGUCGAUGAUAUUUACAAUAAAUAUAAAAAGACUCACCGCGCUAUUGGCGUCUUCCUCUCUCGCAAUCCACAAAUUUUAAUACUGGACCCAAAAUUGGCGCAGGAAAUUAUGGUGACAAAUUUUGGAAAAUUCCGAGGCAAUUUAGCAGCAAAUUGGAUUUACGAUAAAAAGAAAGAUAAACUAGCUGCCUGUAAUCCUUUCUUAAUCAGCGAUGAAUCGUGGAAAUCGAAAAGGUCAGAAGUGAAUGGAGGGAUAACGCAAAAUAAGCUCAGUCUGGCUUAUCCAAUUUGGAAGUGCUGCGCCAAUAAACUGGCCAAAUGUCUUGAGGAAAGAACUAGAGAGGGUAAUGCCAUCAUUGAAACUAAGAAUCUCAGCUUUUGCUUCACCUCCAACAUUUUAGGCGAGUUUCUAUGGGGAAUUGAAACGAAUACGCUCGCCCAACCAGAUGAGCCCAAUAUUUUCCUGCAAAUGGGACACCAGUGGUUGUCAAGCAUUUUACAGUCACUAGAUCGCUAUUUUAAAUUGCUGCCACUGCCUUGGUUGCGUCGUUUUGCCCAACCUCGCUUGUUCUCUAUAGAAACCAAUCAAUUUUUUUCGGAAGUAACUAAAGAUGCUCUUAGAUUUCGGCAAAAUGAUGUGAAUAGCCAGAAUAGAGUAGAUUUUCUCAACUACAUGCGAGAGAUGCAAGAAAAGAAAAAUUUAUCACACGAUGAUGUGGUUGGACAUAUGUUGACGACAAUGUUAGAUGGCUUCGAAACAUCGGCGAGUGUGAUCUCCCAUACGAUUUUUUAUUUGGCGCACCAUCCCGAGUAUCAAGAGAAGUUGCGUGAGGAAAUAUUAGCGAAUCUUGAAGAGGAUGGUUUUGUGAGCUAUCAAAAAUUGUGUGGUCUAUCAUAUUUGGAUCAGUGCGUUAAUGAAACCAUUCGGUUGCUCACCGUAGUUUCUAUUUAUGCUCGCAUUUGCACCGAACCUACUGAACUAGAAGUGGGUAAUGGACAUAUAAUACCUAUUCGCGUGGGUCAAGUAGUCAGUGUACCAAUUUUUAGUUAUCAUCAUGAUCCUGAUUACUUUCCAAAGCCUUACGAAUUUAAUCCUGAUCGCUUCAAUAAUGAGACACCUUGGGAUUUAAUGAAAAAGGGUAUAUUCCAACCGUUCGGAAGCGGGCCGCGCAUAUGCGUGGGCAUGCACUUGGCUUUGCUGGAAAUCAAAAGCUGUAUUGUAGAAAUAUUCAAAGCUUAUAGAGUUAAAUGCGGAAAAGAAGGCCCGAUUCUGCAAAAGAGACUUGAUUCACCGACAUUCAUAGUGGGUGUCGAUGGGGAUUUUUGGCUAGAGUACGAAAGGCUAUGAGGGGAGGUGCGGAAAAACAUGGAACGUACACCAAAUGGAUUAUUUGUAAGGAUACUGAACUAAGUAGAUUUACUACUCG